UUUGGCCAAAGAGCCACCACCCAGCGGACAGCGGAACCUGGCAGUGUGUGGCAGGCAGCUUGGGUGGCCAGGAAGGUGGCAGGAUGGCCAGGAAGGUGACACUGCUCCUGUGGGUCCAGACCCUCGGCCUCGCUGGUGAGUCUUCAGGGGAUGCUGUGUCCCUGCCCUGCUGUCCCCGGCCCUGUGCUGGCCCUGGCAGGCUGGUGUCCCCUGUCACCCACAGGCACCCAGACCACCCAGCUCCUGGUGGAGCCCCCCUGGAUACCGGCAGUGCUGUGGGACCAGGUGACACUGACCUGCUGGGGCUUGGGGACCGCCGGUGCCACCACCUGGUACAAGGAUGGGCAACGGUGGUGGCAGAAGGGACCUAACUGCUUCACUGUCACCAUGAGUGGCACCUACACAUGUGACAGACCUGGCACAGGGCCCAGCCCCCCCAUGAGAGUCUCAAAUGAGCGUCUUGUGCUGCAGCUGCCGGCACGCGUGCUGCUGGAGGGGGACACGGUGACACUGCGCUGCCGGGGCUGGCAGGAUGGCACGGUCACUGGAGUACGAUUCUACCACGAGGGGAAGGAUCUGGGGGGGCCCUUCAAUGGGACCGAGCUGUCCCUGUACCCCCUGCAGCUGCACCACAGCGGCUGCUACCGCUGCGGGGGCAGGGUGAACUUUGCGGCAUCACUGUGGUGGGAGAUGUCAGCGCCGGUGACAGUGACAGUGACAAUACAUGUGCCCGUGGCCAAUGCCACCAUCACCCCCGGUCCCCUGUCACACCAGGUGCACACAGGUGACCCCGUGACCCUGCGCUGCUCGGUGCAGGUUGGCUCAGCCCCUGUCACCUUCACCUGGCUACACAACGGGCAGGAGGUGGCCCAGGGUCCCAUCCUGGAGCUUGGGGACGUCAAUGUGGGACAUUCGGGCACCUACCAGUGCGUGGCCACCAACCAGCUGGGACAGGACGGGCACCGCGUGUUCCAGGCACUCAGCCCCGAGCUGGUCCUGGAGGUGACACAACAAGGACACUGGAACACAGCAGUGGCCACAGGGGUCAGCGGGUCCCUCCUGUUCCUGGUCCUGCUCGUGGGUGUGGCUGUUGUCUGGCAGCGGUGGAACUACAUGGCUGCCAGGAAGCACCAGGAAAGGGUGCCCCCAGAUUCCCUGGCAUUCCCCGGGGAGGAUCCUCAGGCGACCUACAUGGAGCUGAAAGGGCCACACGGGCAAGCAUGGGAACCCAGCGACAUCUAUGACCAUCUACAACAAAAGCUGUGACACCCUGGGAAGCAGGAGGCACUAGGCAACACUGGUGGUGCUCCCACCAUGGCUCCAGGGGUUGCCCAUCCUUCCAAGGGAGGUGGUGAUGAGUCAGGGCCAGGCUACACAGGGCACCCUAUGCUCCCCAUUUCCUCUCCCAGUAGCCCCAGGGGCUCCCCCAUCCCCUUCCCAGUACCUGCAGGGGCUCCCCAACCCCCAUCCCAGUGCUCCAAGUACCCUCGGUGACCUCCCCUUUCUCUCCCCACUGUGCUCACAGCACACCCAGGGGUUCCCCAUUCCCCCUCCCACUCCCCCUGUCCCAUCCCACUGUAAAAUGAGCAGUCGGGGAGGAUUCUUUUUGAUCAAUUUCUCAAAUGAAAGUGAAGCAUAAAUGCGGCAAUAUUAUAUCUGAGAACUGUUUAUUGAUAAAGGAGGGUAAGUGUUCUUACGGAAGGGGGAUUAGAAGAGAGAGUAGAGAGGGGAAAAGAGAGCCAGAGAGAGAAACAGAAGACAGGGACAGCAUUACCACAAGAACCCCGGGCACUCUGUUGGCAUGAGUUCGACAGAUGGAGUGUGUGUGCGGUGAGCCCUCGUGGCUUUUGUGAGUGACUGGGCACGACUGGCAAGCAGCAGCACCUCCGUGUUUCUGGCACUGGCAAGCGAUGGCUGCAGGCUGGCUGCAGGCCAGUGCUGUAGGACUGGCAGCUGUGGUCUGGCUGCCAGGGGCUGCUACUGUGGUGCAGCAGGCCCGGUGCUGCAGGCGACACAGGCACCACGGCAGAGGCAGCGGGUGUGUGCAGGCAGCCUCCGCUCCUUUGGGGAAGUGGUGGAGCACCAGGUUGUGGCUGGCAUGGCAGACAGUGGGGGAAAACCUGGUGGCAGCAGCCAUGGCUGGGGGCGGGCAGCAACCACUCCAAUGGGGAAGUGGUGGAGCAGCAGGCUGGGGAAGCAGUGCAGCUCCAGGCUGGGGAAGCAGUGGAGCACCAAGUCAUUGCAGGAACGAGCUGCCUCGCGGCAGCAGGAAACAGGUAUGGACAGGGAAGAAGGACCACAGGGAGGAAAAGGUGAGGGGGAGAGGAGAGCCAAGCUGACCGUAUGAGCAAGCCCCUGAUCCCCCCAAGAAACCUAAGCAAAAGAGCUCCUGUUGUGUCACAGGUAACUGCUUUUAUUUGCUAAGGCUCCUCCCACCGCCCUAUUUCCUGGGCAUUUUUUCCCUGGGCAUUUUUCCCUGACAUUUUUCCUGGGCAUCCAGGCAUCUGACCCACCAACCAGUGGGGGUUUGCUCACAGUCCGCUCAUGGAAGCUUUUUCUCCCCUGAUCGGCUGUUACGUGAAGCCUCCCUGGGACAGUGUUCCCAGCACAAGUAGAGCCUCUGGAGUAAUUUUUCACCUCAUGCAUAGCGUAUGUUGAGACAUAAAUGAAAAUCAGAUUCGUUCCUCUCAACCUCCAGUGGGUGUUUCCAGUGGUUCUGGGACCCUCCCAGUGCUCCCAGUACACCGGGUGGCUUAGUGUUUCCCAUCCCAGUUUCAAGGGAUCACAGGACCUGGUUUUCUGCUCCUGGGGAAAAAAUGCAGCUUUUGGGUUAAACGGGCAGAAAUGGUGUUUCUUUGUUCAGCUCUGUCAGGCUUUAGCAAUGGGAUUCUCCAAUUUUGGGCUGCCAAUUCUCCAAUUUUUGGCUGUGUUGGUUUGAAAGACAGGUAUUUGCCAAGGAAGGCAGGAACCUCCCUUGGAAUGGAAAAUAUAACCCCCUUCCCUCAUACUUAUUAGAACUUUGAAAUUAAGGGGCUUGCAGGCAAAGAUAUGGGAGCAGGAAUAACAGUUCUUUACUAGAAUGUAUUGUGAGAAACAAGUUAAUGGAAGUUGACUUCUGCUGGGUGUUAUAUGAAUUGAUAUUACAUUAUUGAUUAUAUUGUUGAAUAAAUAUUGUGAUGUUGUUAGU